AUGAAGGCUUCUAUCUUUCUUAUUGUGGCCUCCGCUAGCGUUGCCCUGGCCCACCCUGCUUCCCUUGUCGAGCAUGCAAGCAGUGCCUGUCCCAACAAAUUGUACAGUGUUCCUUCGUGCUGCUCGCCUAACCUUUUGAAAUUGGGAUGCAGUAAUCCUUCUAGCGCAAAAGAUGGGGCCGACUUGAAGAAAAAAUGCAAUGACCAGAAGCCUGUUUGCUGCAGCACACCUUCUGCCCUUGCUGGUGGUCUUUGUGUCCAACCCGCUGGCAUCAAGGAAGACCACUAA